AUGGCCGUGAACCCUGGCAUCUGGACUCGCCAGGCUAUCGCCAGCGCUCCUCACAGCUUCGGAAAGUACACCAAUGUCGCCCUUGAGAAGUGGUCUUUCCGUCAGAUGAUGGAAGUUUGGUCAGAGAUUACGGGUAAAAAUGGUGUUAUCUUGCAAUGCUCUGCUGAAGAGUGGACGCGCCUAUGGGGCCCGGCAGGAACCGAGCUCGCAUUGCAAUUCAAGUACGGAGAAUUGUGCGAUCCCUGGGCCGAGACGGAUGAGUUCAUUAGCCCUGAAAAGCUUGGAAUCAACCCAGACGAGGUUGUUGGCUUCAGAGGAACCAUUGAGCGCCUAAAGGCCUUCUUUAAGAUGUUGAGGCGUGACAGGCACUUGGGGAGGCGCAAUUCUAGAACUUUUCCACUCUGGGGCAUAUUUUGCGACGAACGGGCCAUCGGCUGA